AUGGCCCUCUACGGCUCACCUAUAUGGGUAGAAGCUCUCACCGCUCAACUCAAGUCUUUCCUGCGGAGGCCACAGAGGGUUAUAGUGGUGAGAGUGAUCCGGGGGUACCGCACGGUAUCGUGGACGGCCGCCACACUUCUCACGGAUGAUCCCCCGUGGGAACUUCAGGCGGAAGUGCUCGUGGAAGCGCACCGGUACUGUGUAACCAUGCGAAGCAGGAGGGAAAGCCCAGAUGCUGAAGAAACAAGGCGGAUCAGGAAGGUGGAUCAGGGCAGCGGGCCGGGCCGCGUUGUUCCGAAGAUGGGCGGAGGACUUGGAGUUUCCAAUCGCUGGAUCAGUGACCGUGGAGGCCAUCCGCCCCCACCUAGUCCGCUGGGUUAA